AUGCGUACGCACACGCUACGCGUCCCGCCCUUUGCCCCGCCUCCCUCGCCUUUCAAGUCGGGAAACAUUGACUAUAAGAGCGUGAUGCAGUGGCUAUCUGCGAAACCUAUGAAGGUUCGAAUCUUUUUGCGGCUAUCGUUUUUUGCCAUUAUUUUUUUGAACGAUCAUGAUGAACAUGUCGAAAUUUCAUGAUUCAAACCGAUUUAAAAAAGUUCGAUGGCCAAUUUCUUUCAAAAAUAACUUCUAAACAAAAAUAUUUUUUUUUUUUGAAAAUUUCUUGAAGUUAUGGCCGACCAUCCAAUCAUCAGAGACUUUUUUUCAUUGAAGAACAGCAGACACCUUCUGAAAAAAGCGCUAAAUUACCAUCAAAGAUCUUCGCACACCUUGAUCGAAACAAAUAAGAGUUUGCUCGAAUUUCACUAUGUCAAAAGAGCUGCGGAAAAAAUUGCCAGAGAAAAAACAGCUAACAUGGGAGGUCAUUUUAGCGUAGGGUUCAGAAUUUUUUCUAAAUUUGCUCAAACAAUCUUUGAUGAACUGGGAAUCGACCCCUCAUAGUCGCUAUCUGCGCAAAUUUUUUGUUUUGAAGAUAUGAUUUUUCAAAGUUUUUAUCCUUAACCAUGUGAUGCUGUUUGGAAGGAAUGUGGCCGCGCCAUCAAACAAUGCUUGGCAGCUAGAAGCUUCUAGAAGCGUGGUGCAGUGGUAAGCGCGUCAGCCUGCGGAGCCUAUGGCAAAGGUUCGAACGAAUCCUUUGCCAUACGAAUCCGCAGCCGACAGAACAAAAUGGCGACAACGUUCCAGAAAAGCGGACCCCGCGACCGAGCGGGACAGACGCUGAAGAAGAAGAAAAAGCCGUUCUAA